CAAAUAGGAUUAAUUUCUAUUGAAAAGUACUUUUAUUAGAUAUGAGACAGAUACUCUUGUUUUAAGUAGUAAUUCAGGCGGCAUUUCAGCACUUGGGACAGCGGCAAAUACGACACACAUCCACACUGAUAUUCUCGUUCUAUUCUAUUUUUUCCCCCUUUAUCUAUCUAGUUUCUUUAGUUUUCUCUUUUUAAUUCAUCUGACCAAAUAUCUAUCAAGGUAAUUUCAAAUCGUAAUUUUAAUAGUGUGCGUGAUGUGUAAUUUUCAUAUUAUUUUCGGCAAUAUUGACAGCCUAUUUGUAUUCCCAUUGCUUUUCUUAAUUGUUUUCUAUGUACUUCCACGAUUUCAACUCUUAGGGCCGCUGUUGCCCAGUGUGAAAGUUUGAAUUGCUCUCGUAACACAUCCUCCCAGUCGUCACCCUUUGCUGUUAUUGAGGCACAGUCUCAGACGAAGAACGCACGUUUCAGAGAUCAGAUAAUUGUACUGGACAAUUACCGACGAGAUUCCUUUAUUGAUGUGGAGUUUCAUAUAUGUUUUUUUUUUUUCCUUCGGCUUCAUUUUACAUUUGACGGAAUAUUGCCCGUAAAACGGAUUAAAAAACCGUAGCGCUGGCUUGUCAGCGGUGUCGGACAGAACAAUGAAACGGCAAGUACUGGUCAUCUCCAUCUUCUGCCUCAGUUAUGUUAUCGGGCAGGUUACCUACUCAAUUCCGGAAGAAAUGGUACGGGGCUCUUUGGUCGGCAACAUAGUGCAAGAUUUAGGUUUAGAUGUCAAGCGACUUAAGUCUGGGAAAGCUCGUAUUUACACGGGAGACAGUGUUCAGUAUAUGGAGCUGAACAGAGAAAGGGGAGUCCUGCUCAUUAAAGAAAAAAUAGACCGCGAAGCCCUCUGCAGACAGACAACGCCUUGUGCUUUACAUUUCCAAAUCACGCUAGAAAGUCCGUUAGAAUUAUUCCCAGUUACAGUUGAAAUUACCGACAUCAAUGAUAAUGCUCCAGUAUUCCUAAAGGAGGAGAGGGUGUUUGAAAUAAGCGAGUCCGCGGUCAUCGGCUCCAAAUUCAUGCUCGAGAAAGCCAUUGACCCUGACAUCGGACAGAAUGGCCUCCAGAGAUACACUCUCAAACCGAGUGACAAUUUUAUGCUUAAAUUGCACACUCAGUCUGACGGAAGCAAGAAAGUAGAAAUGAUUUUACAGAAGCCUUUGGACCGAGAAAAACAAGAUCAUAUUUCUUUAAUUUUGACUGCCGAGGAUGGGGGCGAACCGCAAAUGACAGGAACAAUGCGGAUUCACGUUACUGUUUUAGAUGCAAACGACAAUGCGCCUGUUUUUAGUAAAGCGAUUUACAGAGCAAGCAUUACAGAAAACUCUUUAAAGGGAACACUUGUAACGAAAGUCACUGCUUCUGAUGCAGACAAAGGCUCAAAUGGAGAAGUGACAUAUGUCAUUGGAAAUAGCAUGGAUUCUGUUUCGAAAUUAUUUCACAUUAAUAGUGAAGGUGGUGUGAUAUUAGAUGGCCCAAUGGACUAUGAAAAGGAAAGAAUAUAUAGCCUCGACAUAGAAGCAAUCGAUCAAGGGGGUCUUUCUGACUCCAGUAAGAUAAUAAUUGAUGUUACUGACGUGAACGACAAUAGCCCAAUUGUAAAUAUGAUAUCAGCAUCAGGUUCGGUGCCAGAAGAUUCAGCCCAGAAUACAGUAAUCGCUUUAAUAAGUGUAAAUGAUCCCGAUUCUGACAAUAAUGGGAAAGUCACUUGUGUGAUAAACGGAAAUAUCCCCUUUAACAUUAAAGUUACUUCGAAUAAUUUCUAUAGCUUGGUGACAGACAGUGAUUUAGACAGAGAGAGAGCCUCCGAAUAUAAUAUCACAGUGACCUGCUCUGAUGAAGGAGUGCCCUCCCUCUCCAGCAGCGUCACUCUCACCUUACAGAUCUCAGAUGUGAAUGACAACGCACCUGUCUUUGAGAGGAGCUCAUAUGAGGCCUACAUUGUAGAAAACAACACACCAGGCCUCUCUAUAUUCACAGUGAAAGCCAGAGACGCUGACUGGAACCAGAAUGCCCGUGUUUCUUACAUACUUGAGGACUCCUCUGUUAAUGGAGUGCCAGUCUCCUCAUAUGUGUCCGUUAGUGCUGAUAGUGGAGUCAUCCACGCAGUGCGCUCUUUUGACUAUGAGCAGAUCAAAGAUUUUCAGUUCCAUGUUAAAGCUCAGGAUGGAGGCUCUCCUCCACUCAGUAGCAACGUAACAGUGAAAAUCGUGAUCCAGGACCAGAACGACAACCCUCCUCAGGUUCUGUAUCCAGUCCAGACUGGUGGCUCUCUGGUGGCUGAGAUGGUUCCUCGUUCAGCAGAUGUGGGCUAUCUGGUGACUAAAGUGGUGGCUGUUGAUGUGGACUCUGGACAGAAUGCCUGGCUCUCCUAUAAACUACAGAAAGCCACAGACAGGGCGCUGUUUGAAGUGGGCUUACAGAAUGGAGAAAUCAGAACUAUCCGCCAAGUGACUGAUAAAGAUGCUGUGAAACAAAGACUGACUGUUAUAGUGGAGGACAACGGCCAGCCCUCACGUUCAGCUACAGUCAUUCUUAACGUGGCGGUGGCGGACAGCUUCCCUGAAGUGCUGUCGGAGUUCACUGACUUUCCACAUGACAAGGAGUACAAUGAUAACCUGACUUUUUACUUAGUGUUGGCUCUGGCUGUAGUUUCCUUCCUCUUCAUCACGUGUGUAGUGGUUAUCAUAUCAGUGAAGAUCUACAGGUGGAGACAGUCUCGCAUCCUGUAUCACUCCAACCUUCCUGUGAUUCCAUAUUAUCCACCACGUUACUCAGACACUUUGGGGACAGGGACUCUCCAACACGUGUAUAAUUACGAGGUGUGUAGGACAACUGACUCCAGAAAGAGUGACUGUAAGUUCGGCAGAGCUGGUAGUCAGAACGUGUUGAUAAUGGACCCCAGUUCUACAGGGACAAUGCAACGGAUGCAGACUGAGAAGAGCAUCCUGGAUGAACCAGACUCUCCUCUAGAGGUGAGAUUGUCUUGGUGACAUUAAAUUCUUCAACUUAUGACAUUAUGGCAUGCUUGUUGUGCUGCCUUGGAGAUGACUUAUACUUUGCCCAAUUUGUGUUUUGUUUUUGUUAUGCUGAUGGAUACUUCUAUGGAGCAGGGAUUUGUGGAAAGUUGUAUUUCUGGAUUUAUAUGAUCUUUACUCUCGAAAAAAUGUUUCAUUCUUCUCAUAAACCUUCAGAUCUUGUUUACAGCCAUCAGCUGCUCACUUGGGUUGUCAUUGAGUCAAUCCUAUAACCUGUACGGUACUGAGAUAUUUAAAAAUUUAUAUAGAAUUUUACUGCUGCUUCAACUUCUACCAAUGAUAAUGAAAAAAUAACAGUAACUAUAAUAAAAGUAAUAAUAAUUUCCUUCAAAUGUAACCCCCCUUACUUUAAGAUCUUGCACACAAUGAAACAGACACUAACCACCUUCCAUCUUGUUCAUGGAAAACUACUCGCAGAAACCGAAUGUUGCUCUCUUUUGUUGAAUAUAUCCUUAGCACAGUGUUGGAAAUUUUAUUCAAUCAGACGCUGCUCUAGAGGUUUGACUUUUACAUCAUACGAGUUCUUAUCCUUUUACAACUUGUUAAAAUUACAUGAAUUAAAUUGAUGUUCUUUAGUCCAUCUUGUUACAUUUCAGCACCUGAGACAGUGACAGAGUUGGUCUUUGAAAGUGUUUUUGCUUUUUUGUUUUUUUGUUCACUGAUUCUACCAAUUACAUGUUCUAUAUUGUUUUCCAUUCGUGUGGGAAAAUAUAUGCAUGCAAUAAUCGCCUUAUAGUAUAUUUAUAAAUGCAAUCCCGGUACCUUUAACAACAUAACAUACCUGCAUACCAUUUUAUCGCCUUGCGUCAAUGUCAUUGGAUCAACAGCAAAUACUGUCAUUUUUAAAACAAUUUCCUGCAGUUUCGCACCAUGUACUCUUAGUGACGCUGUAGUCCACUAUGUUCCUCUGCAAGAGGAUAUUGUCAACAGUGGGCUACCUCCCAAUCUUAAAACGCCAACGAAGAGAGAGGCAUUUUCUAUAAAGCACACGACGCGCUAGAGCCGGGACAAAACACAUCAUCUUGCAUGGACUAUUUUCUUUGUCGUGGAAUAUAUUCUGAUUGUCUGCCACCUGGAGUUGAUACUGAUUGGCUUUAUUUUGUAGUGAAACGUUGUUUUCUGCGUCUAAGGUAGCAUCG